GCAUGGAAGGAUGCAGCGGAGACGGCGGCUGUGAAGCUGAGCAUGGUGUCACGGCAGGCUCUUUGCUCUGAUGAUCCGCAUGUGCCCAGUGACUGGACGCGUGUUCAGCUGGCAUGGUUGGCCAAGGCAGGCAAAACCCCUAACUGCCCGGAGCACCUGCGCAGCAUCGGUCUUAUGCCGGCGGAUGCGAAGGCCUUUCUUCUCAUUCUUCGAGAUGCAGCGGCCCGGCCCAUCCUGACUGCCCUGUGGUCCACUCCCCAGUAUGCCUAUCGGGCGGGGUCCUCGACUUCGGAUGCGCUGCUGAGAGCGUUUGACGCGCUGCCGCAUGCAGAGAUUUGGGUUUCCCUCCUGGAGGCUGGUGUUGAUGAAGCUCUUGCGGCCACGCUGGUGCAAGUCCACAUUCAAACGCGUUGUUCUUUCGUCUACUUCGUGAACGCUCUGCCUCCGUUCCCACAGGCGGUCAUGAGGGGCAGAUUCCCCCGCGUACUUCGUCGCAUCCUCAUCAUCAUUGAUUUGCUCAGCUCGCUAGGUCGGCAUUGGUGUGGCAGGAUGGUGCCCAACACUUACGGCUCCGGUCGGGAUCUCGAGACGUGCUGCUUCCUAUUUUACUGGCUGCUCAGCAAAGAUUCCUGGAGCUGGGACGUGUUCUACGUUCCAGGAGCUCCCUUUCCACCUCCCACAGGUCACCUUCGGAAGAUUCUCAGAGUCCACGAGGAGGGGAUCAGUAAUCUACAGGUUAUGCAGCAAGCCAAAGUUGAUCCGGGUGAAUUUCUCAGCUUGCAGAUUGGCCGCAAGGAGGACUCCAUUCGUGCUGAUCUUCAUCGUUGCCCGGACAUGAAGGCCCCGGAGUUGGAUCGCGCAGGGCAGCUCUGUUGCAAAUUGUAUGAGGUUCUCUUGCAUACCAGCAAAUCCUCGGCGACUUCGUUGGUUUCUUCGGUGUUGACCCCGGUGCUUGAGUCCGCGAACCUGCCGUGCCCAGAGUGUGGUGUGUAUUAUGUCACGAAGGAAGGCCUGCAGAUGCAUAUCAAACAUCGACAUCCGCACCUGAAUCAACAGGCGAGGCUGCCCUUUCGACGUGAUGAGCAUUCUCUCUUUGGUCUGCCGAUCUGUCGGUUCUGCAAGGCGCGCUUGUUUGAUUGGAAAUCGCUGGGGCGGCACAUCACUACCGGUACCUGCUUGAGAAUCAAGGAGUUUUUGGCGGAGGGGCUGUCGGAACCGCUCAUGCUACAACGACUGGCGGCCGAGGAAGCUGCAGCGCCUACUGCUCCGCCGGACGGGGCCCAGUCUGGAGAUACGGUUCAUGCGCAGGUGGAAGAUGCGUUACGGUUGUCCAACUCUCAGUUGGCGAAGCAGGGUGAGUCUCUGCGAGUGCUGGCCAGGCAUUGUGCUUUGUGCAAGCAGAUCAUCAAAGCUGCCGGCAAGAUCAAGGUGCAUUGGGGGGCCACGCAUCCCAGGGAAUAUGCAGCUGUGAAGGGCUCUGCGGAAGCAGAGGACGAGCCUUUGGACUACGCCCUGUGGACGACGCUGCGGACUCCAGUGGACGGGAUCAGGCAGCAUGAUGCCGCUGAGUUCGCUCUCAGCCUCCUUGGUGGCAUGGACCUUACUUUUGGAUGCUGGGAGUCUCGUACUUUUGAGGAUGAACAGCUAGUUGUGCCUCAUCAGGGUGUUCAGCCGAUUGCUCUGGCGGUGCAUGGCGCGGAACCUACUUUGGAACUUCUGAUACGUCGUUGGCAUCGUCAAGAAUACUUGCAUGCGCUGGUUGAUGUUCCAGGUGUUCUGCUACUGCAAAUUGCUCGAUAUGGCGGGGGCCGCAAACUUCACAAUCGUGUGAUUCACCCGAGAUUUUUGCGCUUCCCUGUAUUUCAAGUUGGCAUGCAAGUGCAGUGGGAGCUCUUCAGGUUGGCAGCGGUGAUCGAGCACAUCGGGGAGACGAUGAAUAGCGGGCACUAUCGUGCCCUUCUCAGGAUUGAGGGUCAAUGGUGGCACACCGAUGACUCCUGUGAUGCCGUUGCGGUCGAGUGGAGCGCUGCUUUUGAGCGGACAUCAUAUCUUUUGAUGCUGGCUGUUGAUGACCGCAAUGGGCCGGACAGCAUGGAGGUUGAGGGUGCGGAGGAGUGGGCCUUCUUCCAGGCGUAUUGGCCAAAUGGCAUGCCGCCUCCCGCGGCGGCUUCUGCUCCACCCUCGGAGCCUUCUACGGAGGCCACGGAGGCGACUCGUGAACGGGAAGCCAAGGCUGCCAGGACAGAGGACUCCAAAGGCACGGACGGCCGUGGCCAGGGCAAUGGCAAUGGAAAAGGCGGACGCAACCCUGGUGUCAAGAGACCGCAGGGUGCUGGUACGCAGGGCCAAGCCUCUAGCUGGAAUCGAGGUGCGGGCUCUGGCUCUGGAUGGGGCAAUCGCAGCGGCUGGAAAGAUUCGGACUGGAAGGCAGACCGUGGCUCGGGGGGCCGGGAAUCCGACAAGGACCUUCGCCAUGUGUGGUAUGUGCUGGAAAUGAUGCAGCGGCUCAUUCUGCGCCACGAGGACUCCAUCAAUCUCCUCAAGCUGGAGUCCAGCUUUGUUAUGCACAUGCGGUUGAAUGUGCCCUCCAGCGUUGCAUCUAUGCUCUAUGCAGCGGCCAAUUCAUGGCGGCAGAUCAAGCAGGCGGAGCCUUCUAAGCUGGAUCGACCCAUGCGGGCUGCCCUGCUCUACUGUCUCUUCAUGGAGCUCAAGUCUCGACUCGAGACGGUUGUGGGCAAGCCCGACGACAUGGCGCGCAUGGAAAAGCUUGGUUGGCUUGCGCAGGGACCCCCCGUGGUGUGGUCCUACUUGACGUGGGACUCGGUCAAUCAGAAGCAGAUCGUGGACACCAGCAAGGUUCCGCUGUCUCAGAACGAGGUCAUGGAGCAUAUCCAGACUGUCACCAGGUUGUGUCCACGACUCAACGUGGUUGCGCGAUUCCACCCUACCCGGCCGAUGGCUGAAGAGAUGCGCGGGGACUCACUGGUCUUCUUGCUGCAGACGGGACAGCAUGGAGAAGGUGCUGCAGAGAUGCGUGAUGCCUUGGCGGUUUUGUGCCACAGCUCUGUGAUGAAUCUGGUUGCCAUGCAGCUCAAGGUUGAUCGAUUUGCGCGCUCCAAGCUGGCGAAUGCCAUUGCCGAGUGCCUCUCCAAGGCUCAGAAGUAG